CGGACUCUCCACCACAAAAGUGAUGUCCUAGAGACUGUGGUGUUAGUCAACCCAUCCGAGGAUACGGUUGCUUUAGAGAUCCAGUCUCUUGUCACAGACUCAGCAGGACAUAAGCUCUUGGUCCUGAGUGGGCAGAACUCAGACCACGGUGACCUGCUUCUCCAAAGUGGGGUUUUCACCUAUCAGAGCUUCUCACAAGUCUUUGCUGAUCCUGGGGUCAGUGAUUUGCUGGGCGAAGCGGCCCCCGAGCAGCGGGCCACACUCACUGUGUCCUGCCGAGCGGAGGUGGGUUGGAGCUCCCUGGGUCAGCAGCAGCACUUACGGGAGUUCCUUGAGUACAGACUGAACCCUGAGCCUGUGCUCCCCAAGAUGGAGGGAGUCACAGAGUUCACGGAGUACAUCUCCGAGACGGUAGACGUGCCUUCGCCCUUUGACCUCCUGGAGCCGCCCACAUCUGGAGGCUUCCUGAAACUGUCCAGGCCCUGCUGCUAUGUCUUCCCUGGGGGGAGGGGCGACUCGGCCCUGUUUGCGGUCAAUGGCUUCAACAUUCUAGUGGAUGGAGGCUCUGAAAGGAAAUCAUGCUUCUGGAAGUUGGUCAGACACUUGGACCGCAUCGACUCGAUUUUACUCACUCACAUUGGCGCAGACAAUCUGCCAGGCAUCAACGGGCUUCUUCAAAGGAAAAUAGCAGAGCAGGAGGAGGAACAGUCACAAGGCUCUGCUAGCUACAGCGACUGGAUGAAGAACCUGAUCUCUCCAGAGCUUGGUGUGAUCUUCUUCAAUGUACCCGAGAAGCUACGUAUGCCAGAAUCAAACCUAAAGGUCAAGCGUAGCAUCGAGGAGGCCUCACUCACGUUGCAGUACCUCAACAAACUGGGAAUCAAGCCGGAGCCUCUCUGUAGACUGGUCAGUAACCCUGUUGAGCCUUUAACUCUUUUCCAUAAGAUGGGAGUGGGCAAGUUAGACAUGUAUGUUCUGAACCCCGUCAAGGACAGUAAAGAGAUGCAGUUUCUCAUGCAAAAGUGGGCGGGUAACAGCAAGGCCAAAACUGGCAUUGUGCUCCCCAAUGGAAAAGAGGGAGAAAUAUCCGUACCUUACCUGACGUCAGUUACAGCAUUAGUCGUCUGGCUUCCUGCCAAUCCUGCAGAAAAGAUUGUCAGAGUGCUGUUCCCUGGAAACGCACCACAAAACAAAAUCCUGGAGGGCCUGGAGAAAUUAAAGCACCUUGACUUCUUGCGAUACCCAGUAGCCACACAAAAAGACAUUGCCUCAGGAGCUCCACCUGCUGUUGUAAAACAGACAAAGCUGAAGCAAAGGACAGACAGCAAAGAGAGUCUCAAAUCAUCUCCAAAGACUACCAAAUCCCCAAAGAAAGAAGCAGACGAUGACGUUUCGGUGACCACAGAGGCAAAGAGUGACUCUGUGAAGGAAGGUAGGAAACUGGUAGAGAAUGAAAAACCCACAAAAAUACUAAAAUCCAAGACUGAUGGACCAGAAAAUAAACAACUUUUGAAGGAGAAAUCCUUGAAAAAACACUCAAAGGAAAGGGCAUCCAAGAUGGAUGAGAAAAAAGACAAGGAAAAGAAAGAGAUCAAACAUGUCAAGAAAGAUGACUCAGCUAAAAAAGAAGACAAAAAAAAAGACCCCAAAGUUGACAAGAAAAAGGACACGUUCAAACCAGAGUUGAGAAAGAUAACGAAACCUGACCUAAAACCCCUCACACCAGAGGUCAGAAAGACCCUGCACAGGGCAAAAGCGUCAAGUAAACCCAAAACCGACAAAAGCAAAGUCAAAACGGCCAAGGCAGAGCCUGCUGAACCCAAAUCUGAGGAACUAGCAGCAGAUACCAUUCAGCCUGAGAAAUUACAGAAUGGGGCUGGUGAGGGCAUGUCUGCUUCCUCCACUCCAGAGGAUCUUACCAAGCCACCAGAGAGUGCAGUGGAGACACCAGCAGAAGAAAGCAUGACCGAAUCCCCUACCCAGGAGGAGGAGAAAGAACAGGAAACUGUCUCUCAAACUCCAACGGGCACAAAGUCACCUGAGAAGGGAGCAGCCACAGCAAUGGGAUUUGAGACGGAAUCUCAAAGAAAAGAGGACAUAUUAGCACAAGAGCAUAAAGUAGAAUUUCAAGCACAGGAUGUGGAUAUCUAUGAGGAUGAGGGAGCUGCCAUUGAGGACGAUGAGGUGGAGGAAAAAGAAGGCCUGAUAGCAGAGAGGAAAAUGGUAGAGGAAGAGGAAGAUAUGGGGAUAGGGGAGGAGGAAGAGGAAGGAGAAGAUAACAGACUAGACAGGAAACAUGAGGUGGAGGAAAUGGAGAAAGCUGAAAAGCCCACAGCUAUGGCUAAAGAGGAAAGCAGAAGGCCUUCAUCCCAGGAGGAGGAAGAGGAAGAUGAAGAUGUUGUUGAAAAGGCCGAGCUGGAAGAGGUAGAAGACUUAGACGUGAUAGCUGAUGAAGAGGUCAAAGACAAACCUGAAGCGGGAGAGAAAGAAACAUCGGCCAAGAACUGGGAAAGCAAAGCAGUCGAACAGACUGCUGGAGCCAAAGAGGAGGAUGAGGAAGAUGAGGAAGGCUACAUCUCAAAUGUUGGAGGCGCUACAGCCGACAUAGUAUCAACACUGCAAGGAGCCGCUGCUGCCGAGCCCAUCUCCUUCAUUCAAGACGAAACCAUUCCCGGUUACUCCGAAACUGAACAGACCAUCUCGGAUGAGGAGAUUCACGAGGAGGCGGAAGACAGGAUACCACACCUCCAAUACGAAGUGGGUACAUAUGACAUCUCUGUCCCAGAUCAGACAGGCUCCUUGGACACCAUCCACAGGAUGAAGGAGAUGCAAGCAGCAGCUAUGGCUGAUGUAACAACCAAAGGUUUCAUGAGUGGACGGGAGCAAGUAUCUGUAUUCACUAACAUCAUGUCUGCUCCCUUGGCAGAGGAAGAACUUGUUUCCUCAGCCACAUCCAUCACGGAGUAUGAUAAAUUGUCCUCCUUUCCUACCUCUAUUGCAGAGGACCAAUUGGUUACUCCCGUCACUACACCUCAGCCUGAGGAAACGGGCAAAAGCUCACUGGUUAACGAUACUGUUAACAGCGUUCCCAUGGCAAUUCCAACCGAGGCCACACAUGGGAAAGAACACUUCCACUCUGCUGGGACCAUCUCACCAACAUCCUCCUUGGAGGACGACAAGUGCUUAAAGUCACCUCCAUCUGAGGAGUGCCUUCCUGUUGUCUCUGAUGUGAAGACUGAGGAUAAGGUCAUCAAGGCUCAUGACGAAGAGGAAGACGAAGAAGACCAAACUCCUAACGUUGACAUUUCACGUGAAAAACUACAGGAGAGUUUUGCCUCUCCUCAAAUGUUCCAGGAUAGAGAAAGGGAUGUGGAAAAGCUCCCUGCCUCUGAGUCUCGUGUCUCCAAACCUGUUCAGGAUUUGAAGCUGGAUCAACCACCAGUUGAUGAGGAGGUAGAGCUCUUUAAGUCCAAAGAAGACAUCUCCACGGCAGUGCCUCCAAAACCCCUUUCACCUCCACCCUCUUUCUCAAAGCCAUUUAGGUCAGACUCAGUUACUUCAGAAGGUGAAGAGCGGUGCUUCAGUCCAGACGAUAGCACUGUGAAAAUGGCCUCUCCCACACAGUCUGGACCUCCCAGUGCAACCCACUCUCCUCUUCAUCAGUCGCCUGUGGAAGAAAAGACCAAGGGCUUCCCAGAACUGGAGCAUCAAACACAGGAGGACGUUCAUGAUUCAGCCACCAAAACAGACGAUGAGGAUGCGAAGAAAGAUCCAGAAGAUAAUAAGGAAAACCUAGAUGCUGCCAUCCAGAAAGAAAGUCAACGUGAGUCAGAUGCACCACCAUCUGGGGAGAAAUCAUUUGAACAAGACUUGGCGGUUACAAAAGUAGAAGAAAAAGAUGGUCUCUCCGCUUCCACAGAUGAGAUCCAACUGAAACAGGAGACAACUCCUCUUCCCUCUGAGUCAGUCACAAGGAAAGAUGAAGUUUCCUUAUUAGGAAAGGAAUCUUUACGGGAAGACAUUUCUAGUGGUGAGGCUAUACUCGGACACAGUGAUGAGGAAGAUGAUGAUGACCAUCAAGAGAAAGAAUCCAAAGUGUGCAGUAAGGCUAAAUUCCCAAAGGAGAAGGAGAGUAGCUUCUUAGAUGAUGACGACGGUGAGGAUGAUGAUACUUCUCAUGUAAAACCCAUAAAACAGGACAUGAAGGAGAAAGAGACAGAAAAGCAUGACACACACGUGGCUGAAACCACCAAAGAAGGUAAAGAAACAGAAAAGGUUGGUACCACUGAAGCUGAACCCAUCAAGGAAGAUACAGAUUCGAAAGUGAAGGAAACAUGUGAUAUUCAUGAAGUUGAACCCAUCAAGGAAGAUUCCAAUGGGAAAGUGAAAGAAAAAUAUGUCUUACUUGAAGCUGAACCCAUCAAGGAAGAUAAGAAAGUAACAGAAAAGGUUGGUGCUACUGAAGCUGAACCCAUCAAGGAAGAGAAGAAAGUAACAGAAAAGGUUGGUGCUACUGAAGCUGAACCCAUCAAGGAAGAGAAGAAAGUAACAGAAAGGGUUGAUGCUACUGAAGCUGAACCCAUCAAGGAAGAGAAGAAAGUAACAGAAAAGGUUGGUGCUACUGAAGCUGAACCCAUCAAGGAAGAUAAGAAAGUAACAGAAAAGGUUGGUGCUACUGAAGCUGAACCCAUCAAGGAAGAGAAGAAAGUAACAGAAAAGGUUGGUGCUACUGAAGCUGAACCCAUCAAGGAAGAGAAGAAAGUAACAGAAAAGGUUGGUGCUACUGAAGCUGAACCCAUCAAGGAAGAUAAAGAUACUUGUGGGGCCGAGCUCAUCAAGGAGAAGUGUGAAACUCUGAAAGAAGAGAAACAGAAAGAAAUAGAGACUAUAUUAACUUCUAAAGAUGAGCUAAGCUCUUGUAUCUCUACCUCUAAAGUGGAGCCAGCCUCAGACUCCACCACAACACAACAAAUAGUACAAGAGAAAGAUACCUUUGUGGCUGAAGCCAUGAAAGAUGAGACGAAAGAAAAGGAUACCUUUGACACUGAACCGAUAAGAGAAGAUAAAAUAGAAAAAGAGCGAGAUACCCUUGUCAGUGAACCGACGAAAGAAGAGCACAGAGAGAAAGAGAAGGGUGAUACAUGCAUGGCUGAAUCCACCCAGGGCGAGAAUAAAGAAAAUUAUAAUUUGUUUGAGAUUGAAGUCAGUCAGGAAGAGAACAUGGAGAAAGAGAAAGAUGAUACUCAUGUGGCUGAUGUCAGUAAAGAACGGAAGAUGGAAAAUGAGCAAGAGAAAGAAGAUACUAGUGAUUUCGAAGACGUCAAAGAUGAGAAAGAUAGAGAUGAACGUUAUGAAGCUGAACCCAUCAGAGAGGAAAGCGAGAAAGAUAGAGAUGAACGUUAUGAAGCUGAACCCAUCAAAGGAGAGGAAAGCGAGAAAGAUAGAGAUGAACGUUAUGAAGCUGAACCCAUCAAAGGAGAGGAAAGCGAGAAAGAUAGAGCAGAACGUUAUGAAGCUGAACCCAUCAGAGAGGAAAGAGAGAAAGAUAGAGAUGAACGUUAUGAAGCUGAACCCAUCAGAGAGGAAAGCGAGGAAGAUAGAGAUGAACGCUAUGAAGCUGAACCCAUCAAAGGAGAGGAAAGAGAGAAAGAUAGAGAUGAACGUUAUGAAGCUGAACCCAUCAAAGGAGAGGAAAGACAGAAAGAUAGAGAUGAACAUUAUGAAGCUGAACCCAUCAAAGGAGAAGAAAGCGAGAAAGAUAGAGAUGAACGUUAUGAAGCUGAACCCAUCAAAGGAGAAGAAAGAGAGAAAGAUAGAGAUGAACGUUAUGAAGCUGAACCCAUCAAAGGAGGAGAAAGAGAGAAAGAUAGAGAUGAACGUUAUGAAGCUGAAUCCAUCAAAGGAGAGGAAAGCGAGAAAGAUAGAGAUGAACGUUAUGAAGCUGAACCCAUCAAAGGAGAGGAAAGUGAGAAAGAUAGAGAUGAACGUUAUGAAGCUGAACCCAUCAAAGGAGAGGAAAGAGCAAAAGAAAAUGAAACAACUGACAAAGUCAAAGAUGAGAAGAGCAAGGAAGAGACAGAAAAAUAUGAUUCUCAUGAGAUUGAACCUGCUAAAGAGGAGGAAGAGGAGAUGCAAGAGAAAGAUCUACGAGAGGCCUUACAUCGCACCACACAGACAAGAACGGUAGAGAAACUAGAGGUGACGUCUGCAACAAAGCUUGAGUCUACAUUUCAGGUUCAGUACUCAGAUGGAGAUGAGGAGGAGGAAGAGGAAGAUGAAUCCAUUUGUAUGGCUGGUGCAGGCUUAAGACCUUUAUCAGUGGAACCUAGACAAUCAGAGCAUGACAUCAUGUCUCAACAUCUGCUCUCAACUCAGCCAUCAGAGAAUGUGCUUAGUGACCAAACGAAGGACCGCCACUCUGAACAGACCACUGGGCUUGUGUCCUCAUUACCGAAACGGGAGGCCUCUCCUGAUAAAGACAUCAAAGAGCAGCAUAAAGAAGGACAACAUAGACUCUCCCCUGAACUAGAAAAGGACACCAGGACAACUGAGACCACAUCAGGACCCCAUCUCAGCCAAGAGCCCACCAUUGGUUUCCCUACCAUGAAAGAGGAUCCAGUCUCUGCUAUCUCUACCACUAAAAAAGAACCAGUCUCAGACUCCAUCACUACAGACAGCCAGGCUAUAAGUUCAACACUAUCAAGCACCGAUAGCCAGGCUAUAAGUUUAGCACUAUCAAGCACCGAUAGCCAGGCUAUAAGUUUAGCACUAUCAAGCACCGAUAGCCAGGCUAUAAGUUCAACACUAUCAAGCACCGAUAGCCAGGCUAUAAGUUUAGCACUAUCAAGCACCGAUAGCCAGGCUAUAAGUUUAGCACUAUCAAGCACCGAUAGCCAGGCUAUAAGUUCAACACUAUCAAGCACUGAUAGCCAGGCUAUAAGUUCAACACUAUCAAGCACUGAUAGCCAGGCUAUAAGUUCAACACUAUCAAGCACCGAUAACCAGGCUAUAAGUUUAGCACUAUCAAGCACCGAUAGCCAGGCUAUAAGUUCAACACUAUCAAGCACUGAUAGCCAGGCUAUAAGUUCAACACUAUCAAGCACCGAUAACCAGGCUAUAAGUUUAGCACUAUCAAGCACCGAUAGCCAGGCUAUAAGUUCAACACUAUCAAGCACUGAUAGCCAGGCUAUAAGUUCAACACUAUCAAGCACUGAUAGCCAGGCUAUAAGUUCAACACUAUCAAGCACCGAUAACCAGGCUAUAAGUUCCACUCUCUCCAGCACCGAUAGCCAGGCUGUAAGUUCCACUCUCUCGAGCACCGACAGCCAGGCUGUAAGUUCCACUCUCUCGAGCACCGACAGCCAGGCUGUAAGUUCCACUCUCUCGAGCACCGAUAGCCAGGCUGUAAGUUCCACUCUCUCGAGCACCGAUAGCCAGGCUGUAAGUUCCACUCUCUCGAGCACCGAUAGCCAGGCUGUAAGUUCCACUCUCUCGAGCACCGACAGCCAGGCUGUAAGUUCCACUCUCUCGAGCACCGACAGCCAGGCUGUAAGUUCCACUCUCUCGAGCACCGACAGCCAGGCUGUAAGUUCCACUCUCUCGAGCACCGAUAGCCAGGCUGUAAGUUCCACUCUCUCGAGCACCGACAGCCAGGCUGUAAGUUCCACUCUCUCGAGCACCGAUAGCCAGGCUGUAAGUUCCACUCUCUCGAGCACCGACAGCCAGGCUGUAAGUUCCACUCUCUCGAGCACCGAUAGCCAGGCUGUAAGUUCCACUCUCUCGAGCACCGACAGCCAGGCUGUAAGUUCCACUCUCUCGAGCACCGACAGCCAGGCUGUAAGUUCCACUCUCUCGAGCACCGAUAGCCAGGCUGUAAGUUCCACUCUCUCCAGCACCGACAGCCAGGCUGUAAGUUCCACUCUCUCGAGCACCGAUAGCCAGGCUGUAAGUUCCACUCUCUCGAGCACCGACAGCCAGGCUGGUGUGGAGGAAUCCCCCCAGCAUGAAACACUGCUGCCUUCUAUGACAACAAGCAAAGAAGCAUCUAAUACGGAUGAAAAGGCGAAGCAUGUUUCUCAAAAAGGAGAGGAGAAACCAGGCAAGGAAGCUGAGAGGGAAUUGGAAACAGAGCGGGAAGUCGCUUCCCCGGGACACACAAAACCUUGUUCAUAUUUUCUCUUGGAUAAAGAUUCUGCAAAGUUUCCGGAGGAAGUGGGCCACAUUGAUGCUACAAAAGCAGACAGUGCCUCUGAAAAUGUGGAAGGUUUUGACAAAAUGAGAACAGAGAAGGAGGCGAUCGGUGUGGGCUUGCAAGAAGAAAAUCAGGGCUUUGGCACGUCUAAGUAUGAACCCUAUGAAAAGCCCAUUUCGAAAGAAGAGGCAUCAGACAAUAAAGAAGACAGUGAGGUUUCUAGAGAGUUUGAUCAGUCAGCACAUAUUGGCAUUGAUGAUAACAGGAGAACUAAGCAGGCAGACGCUGGUGCAGCUGAAUUCGACUCAGAGGACGAGGAAAAAGAGGUACCGCUGUCAUUCAGUAGCGUUGAUUACACUCCCCCACGUUUCACAGAGAGCGAGAGAAGCCCCAGUUGUAGCCCAAGUGCCUUCCCUGAACACAAUGACAAAGAGAAAGGUCAAGAAGAAGAGAGUGAUAGGAAGGAGGGACAUGCUACACCACACGUGGAAAACAGCUUUGCAUAUUCAGAGACUCAAGACAACAAAACCACCCCAGCAGAGCCAUGCUCAUUACCUUUCAAUCUCAAAGAAGAUAAACCUGAAAAAGUUGAGAAAGAUGAAAUGAAGGACGAUGCCUGGUCGGCCCCUCAAACAUCUACAGGAGAGACGGACAAAACUGGAGCAUCUCCUAGUAUAGAGGAGUAUCUGCCAGUCCAGUCAGGCAGAAAGGAAACAGCCUCUCUGUCAUGGGGCCAAUCCAACCUUGGUGCCCAAGCCUCAGCUACUGCCAUGCUUUUUGAAGACAUCCCUGAGAAGCAGACAACAGAGAAGGAAAAAGAUGAGCCAGUGAAAGACAAGUUGGAUUCAUCUGAUAGUGAGCGAGGAGACUCUCCCUCUGGUCGCUACUCACCAGCGGAGAAAGACAUGUUACCCCGUCAAGUUUCGCCAAAGGAAAAGGAAAAUCAGGCUACUGCUGCCCCCCUGGCCGCGUACUCAGGACAUCUCAUAGACGAUAAUGUUCUUGCAUCUGAGUACACUCAAAUUGGCAGCUCUAUCACCAGUAAAUCUACAAUGGGCUAUUCUGAGAGAGAAGACACCCCGGACAGUGUGUAUAAGAGGCUACUGGUGGUGGGAGAGGAUUAUGAUGAUGAUGAUGAUGAUGACGAUGAUGAUGAUGAAGAUGAGGACGGUGAAGAUGCGGAGGAAGAAGAAGAAGAAGCCAGUGAUCUAGAUGUGGAGAAGGGUGCAAGAGAGCAGUCUGAAAAAGAAAUCUGUAAAACGACAUCGGAUGAUACCACACCUUCUAAACUUCUUGUUACAGAAGAAGAGGACAAGAAGGCCCUCUCACCCGAACCCAACCUCCUCAAAAAGGAGGAACCUACCCAUUCAAUGACCACAAUCUGCCCUCCACUGGUAGAUACUGCAGAUUCCCUUUUGAAGAAUGUAGUUGGUGCCUCGCCACUCCAGUCUGGCAGUUCCACUGCAAUAGAACAAACAGGAUCUGGAGGAUAUCCUUCUGAAUCCUCAGAGUUUUCUGAGGACAGCCAGCUGGGGUUAAAGGAGGAGAGGUUUGACAGUCCUGACCUAUCUCUGCCCACCAAGUCUAGUGAAGAUAAACAUUACAGUCAGGGAGACAUUGAAGCUGAGAGGCAGAGAAGCCCAGAUACCGCUAGUCGAAAACAAGAGGAAGCUCCUUCGUCUUACCUCCCAUCUGCCUCAGCUUCUCUAUCAACCAGCCACCAGUUCCGAGAGGAGGUAGAGAGUCCCGUUACAGUGUCUAGUGCCCCCUACAGGACAGAUUCUGAGGUUGCUUCCUUUGAGUAUUCUUCAUUCAAAGAUGAAGAAUCCUCAGUCAAGCACUCAAUCCUCUCAACCUCAAGGGUAAUACUAAAAGAGGAGUACCUAGAAGCCUCUGAAAAGCUUACCUCAACAACUACAACUACAUUCAGUCUGGCACAAGUCUCUCCAGUCUUAUCUACUCCAGCCAAAGACACUAUUCAACAAGACACAUCAUCAAGCCAUAAAAUGGACAAGGGUCAGACCUCUGAUACCUUUCAUAAACUUGAGGGCAUUGUUGAAACCAAAACCAUGUCUGCUGGGGCUUCAGAACCAUUAAGUUCCCAGCUGUCCAAACCCGCUGAAACCAUAUCCACUUCAAGGGCUCUCUUUGAUGUUUCCCCAUUGCAAAGAGCUGACUCUCCUGACAGAGAAUCCCAGGGCUCAUUGGACAGCAAAGAGUCCUACACUCUUCCAUGCCGCAUUGAAUGCCAGAAAUCUUCAGUGACAGAGCAAAAAGAAGGCAUGCUGUCCAUAACUGAGACACACAUGGUCACCAUCGUCUCCAGUACAACCACAACAGUGACCCAAUCUGAUGUGGUGACAAAACCACAGGAGUCAACUGAAGCCUCUUCCAAUGGGCCUACUGAGGUUCGCACAAGUGCCCAAGAAGUCUUCAGUGAAGCAAGCAAAGCCUCUUGUGCCACAAUGUCAGAUCUACCUAAAUCUGAUCUGCUUAAAUCUGAUCAGAAAAAGGAGGAAGAAGAAGAAGAGACAAAGAAAGAGAAAGAUCAGAUGGAAAUGAAAGUGGAGGAGAAGAAAGAGAGCAAAGUAGAGACCCUAAAGGAGGACAAGGAAAUGCCAGAGCAAAAGGAUAAGGAGAAGAAAGAGAUGGCUGGAGAGAAGGAAAAGGUAGAGGAAAAGCAAUUGGAGGAGAAAGACGGGAAGGAGGAGGAGAAGAAAGACCAGACUGAUGAGGAGAGUGAAAAGGAGAAGGAGAGGAAAGAGGGAGAGAAAGAGAAAGUAGAGGAUAAAAAAGCAGAGAAACCGGAAGAGAAGAUGUCCGAAAGGAGAAGGAGUAGCUUAUCUGACUGGGAACUCCUACAAGGGCCGGGCGCAUGCCCAAGCGCCCCUCCAGGCUAUGAAGAUGACAGGGAAGAGGAGGAGGAAGUGUACGAAACGGAAGAAGCAGAAGAAGCAGAGGAAGAAUAUGGCGAAGAAGAAUGCGUAGCUCCAGGCCAGCCCACCCCUCUGUCUACAGCAGAACAUGCCCACCAUACAAAGGCAUCUGCCAAAACAGAUGGAGUAUCCAGUCGUCCCACUGACCUGCAUAUGGAGGCUACCUCCUCGUCCCCCCCUAGUUACUCCUCAUGUGAAUACAAACACCGCAAAGGAGAAAUCUCCCCAUCCUUCAUCAACCCCAGUCCACACGCCCUCUCCAGCGAUGAUGGCGAAGAGGACAAAGGGAGCGACCACUCUCUUGAGGGGGAUGAAGACGACCGCGAGCAACACUCGGUCAAGAGGAGGUCUCACAAGCAGAAGCGACAUCUCACUCAAUGUGGAGCUACUGGAGCAGGGGAGGGGUCGCAACCAGUUUCCAUGCCUCCUGGUGGCAUGGCAACUGGACUCGGGAUGGUGCUAGCUGGAGAGGAGACGCCCCCCACAUCAGUGAGCGACUCAUUAGCUUCGCAGUCUGACUCAGACGUACCUCCAGAGACCGAGGAGUGCCCGUCGAUUACAGCAGAGGGAAACCUGGACUCAGAUGAAGAUGCAGAACACCUGCCGGUGGACAAACUAUCUGCAUCUGCCACCGGAGGGGGCCAUCAACCCCCCUCGCCCAGAUCAGCUGCGAAGGCCCACGACCCCAUACCUGCCCCUAUGAAGGACCCCCUCCCUCACCCGCCACACCCUGACGUGUGCAUGGUGGACCCAGAGGCCCUCUCUAACGACCAGAGCAGCACGGAGAAACUUCUCAAGAAGGAUCACAAGACAACCAAGAGCCUGCGGAAGGGCCUGGGCAAACCUAAGUCUGCGUCCCCAGCCCGGAAGGGGAAGAGGUCCACCACCCCUGUGAAGCAGACCUCCAAGGACUCCUCGCCUCGAUCGGCCUCUCUGAGAAGGAGGGACACGGAAAGGAGCUCCAGGCUGACGCAGAAGUCCGAGGGCCUGGGAUCCAAGGGGGACCUACACGCUCCAGGGAAAGGCCUGGUGAACGGCGUCAAGAGCAAUUUGGGUACCAACUCCCAGAAAUCUAGUUCAGCCGUCCCCCCUGGGCCUCCAAUCUAUGUGGACCUGGCCUACGUGCCCAACCACUGCAGUGCCAAGAAUGUGGACCAGGAGUUCUUCAAGCGGGUGCGUGCUGCGUACUACGUGGUGAGCGGCAACGACCCGGCCGGUGGAGAGCCUAGUCGUGGUGUCCUGGAUGCCCUUUUGGAGGGCAAGGCCACAUGGGGCUCCAAUCUACAGGUGACUCUGAUCCCUACUCAUGACACGGAGGUGACACGGGACUGGUACCAGCAGACGCACGAGAAACAGCAGGACCUGAACAUCAUGGUCUUGGCCAGUAGCAGCACAGUGGUCAUGCAGGAUGAGUCCUUCCCUGCCUGCAAGAUUGAGUUCUAAGAUCUGCACCCGUUGCUAUUUUACCUUCCUCUUCCUCCUCUUCCUCAUCCGUGCUACUCUUUAUCCUCCCAUAUGUAAGACUCCAUUGCAUUUGCUGUCGUAUUCGGCAUGUGCACUGGCUUCCAACUGGUCAGUGUUAUCUGAUAACAGCUACGGUAUGUCAGGCAGAAGCAUAGCUAAAGUACAGGGUACAUGGUAGCUGUACAAAGGUGUGAUGUAUAUUUCUUUCAAUUAUGCUUUCCAUUUAAACAACAUACUUGCAUGAUUAAAAACACCUCUUUAUUAGAUUCGGUCUUAAACAAUAUUGUUUUGUUUUCCUUCACAUAUAACCUCUCCAACGUGCACAUAUUGUGAUCACGCACAUCAUCUGUGAUGAGGAUCAUUCUCCAAACUUAUGCACAUCAUCUGUGAUGAGGAUCAUUCUCCAAACUUAUGCACAUCAUCUGUGAUGAGGAUCAUUCUCCAAACUUAUUCACAUCAUCUGUGAUGAGGAUCAUUCUCCAAACGUAUUCACAUCAUCUGUGAUGAGGAUCAUUCUCCAAACUUAUUCACAUCAUCUGUGAUGAGGAUCAUUCUCCAAACUUAUUCACAUCAUCUGUGAUGAGGAUCAUUCUCCAAACUUAUUCACAUCAUCUGUGAUGAGGAUCAUUCUCCAAACUUAUUCACAUCAUCUGUGAUGAGGAUCAUUCUCCAAACUUAUUUCAGCUUUCAAAUCACUGUACUGCACCUCAAAUCCACAUCUAAAUGGAUAACACUUUGUCUGCCGUUUUUGGGGCAUCUAGUGCCUAAUGCUCCAUUAAGAUUGUCCACAGUGAUGUCACAUUCAACAUGUGCAACUUCAACACUCUUACUUAUUGUCUUAAACUCAACAGAGAAAUACAAAAUGAAAAAUAAAAUGUAUAAAUUGCUUAUCCAAAGGGCCAAAGUAAGUGCCAAAACAGUCUUGAGGUAAGACAGUGGCUGUGUCCCAAAUCUGGCUUGCCUACUACUUCCCUAAACAGUAUACUGCGUACUAAUUGAACUACAUACUACAAUGUACUUAGUAAAAAAAAAUGUAUGCAGCAAGCAACAAAUAUGAACAUAAUGCGAAGGCAUCAAAGUGUUGUCGCACUUGUUCCCCCGUCAUUUGGUCAUCUGAUUAUCAGCUGGUGUCGAACCAGCGCGGGUGUGAAAAAAAACCCAUUCACUUCCUCAAUAGUGUGUAGUAAAUUCUACCAGACAAACAGCCUAAAUAAGUAUGACAUCUAGGCAUUUCAUGAAUACUCGAUUAUCGAAAUUUCACAUACUCAAACGGCCUAAUAUUUAGGAUGCAAGUAUGGAUAUUCGGACACGGGCAGUUGUUAACGCUCUGCAAAAUAAGUCGAAAACCGUUACGAGAUGAACAGUUACUUGAUCUUGCUUGUACGCUGACUACGCACAAUGUUGUAUAAUGGUAGUAGCUUCGUAAGUCUCCUAAAUCAGACUACGCACAACGUUGUAUAAUGGUAGUAGCUUCGUAAGUCUCCUAAAUCAGACUACACACAAUGUUGUAUAAUGGUAGUAGCUUCGUAAGUCUCCUAAAUCAGACUACGCACAAUGUUGUAUAAUGGUAGUAGCUUCGUAAGUCUCCUAAAUCAGACUACGCACAACGUUGUAUAAUGGUAGUAGCUUAGUAAGUAUCCUAAAUUGAGGCUUUGUUUUCGAUAUAUAAGACAAUACUCCUGUUCGGAGAUAUUACGUAAGAUGCAGCUCUAGAUGCUGUACCAUUUGACUUUCUCAGUACUCUUAACUACGUCAACUGGUGUUACAGAGGACUAUUACCACAUCGCUUGUCGUGAAGCUUUAGGAGGGGCCGGAAAGUGCUACUUUCAGUUGAAAUAACUAGCUAGCUUUUAUGAAUUAUUUUUCCUCAGUAGCUGAAGCAUGAUUCUUGCAUUUAGCUCAGACUCCUCCCUCAAGGAAGUAGAGUUUUUUUUUUUUUUUGACCGUGUGUCUAGUCCUUGCAGUCUCCAAGUAGGGAGCAGCCUAAAAACAUGUUCCAAUACUUUACCGCUUGGCUGUGUGUUUGCUAAAAUGAACAUUACACUGUAGCACCAGGCAAAGAGAUUGUUCUCUUGUAUUUGCUAUAUUUGUGCUGGAUAUAAUGGUUCUUUAUCAAUAUAUGAAGCAGUGGAGGCUGCUGAGGGGAGGGACGGCUCAUAAUAAUGGUCGGAACAGAGUGAAUGGAAUGGCAUCAAACACCUGGAAACAAUGGAAACCAUGGAAACAAUGUGUUUGAUGUAUUCGAUAACAUUCCACUGACUCCGUUCCAGUCGUUACCACGAGCCAGUCGUCCUGUGAUCUGAAGCCAUUAUCAUGGUCUUUGUUGGUAUGUUGAUAUGUUGAUACAUGGAGAGAUUGUGUUAUAACACAUUAGAGGAGGAUGUUUAAAUGAAUGCAGCUGACUGGUUGAGACAGAGGCAACCGAGAUGAAUUUAUUACAUGACAUGACUGCGGUGGUAGACAAUCGCUCUCAUGUUCCUUCUGGUUGGGGUAUAUCGAUCAAGUGAGAAGGGUUACUUUUAUAGUAGGCAUUGUGGAGAGGGGAACCUGGAUCCAGGGAUAACACAAGGAACUGUGGAGAGGGGAACCUGGAUCCAGGGAUAACACAAGGAACUGUGGAGAGGGGAACCUGGAUCCAGGGAUAACACAAGGAACUGUAGAGAGGGGAACCUGGAUCCAGGGAUAACACAAGGAACUGUAGAGAGGGGAACCUGGAUCCAGGGAUAACACAAGGAACUGUAGAGAGGGGAACCUGGAUCCAGGGAUAACACAAGGAACUGUAGAGAGGGGAACCUGGAUCCAGGGAUAACACAAGGAACUGUAGAGAGGGGGACACUUUAGAAUAUCAAACAAAUCCAUAGUUGUUGUCCAGGAAUAGUGCAUCUAGUCUGAUCCAUGUGGAUGGAUGCUGUAUCCUGUAUACACACAGUUGGUAGGCAAAAAGGUCAUUAGCCAGCUUAGCCAGCACAUUUAGCCAGCACAUUUUAGAUUCAGUUUCUUAUCGGUUUAUUGCUGGUUAGCAUUUGUCCCCUAUCUUAAAGUGCCGCCCAGAAAAUGCAUCAUACAAUAACGUGGUCAAAGGGGAGAAGAGGAGCUUAGGAGUGGGGCUGUGGUUCUAGUGAGAGAAGCACACAUGUUCUUUACAUUUUCAUUCAGCGUUCUUUACCAUAACGUGGACUAUGGUAGCCUUUGAUUUUAGAAUAGGUGGCUAGAGCAAACGCUCCAUACUGUAUGUUAAGACGUUCCAACAAUAACAAUAAAAACAAUUACAAAAUACUUUUCAACCCUAAGAUCAUAUUUAUGAAACGAACAUGAAUGUGAUGUUGUCGAUUGUAGUGGAUAGAGAUGUGGCACGUGUACCACAGGUCUUACGAGUAGGAUGCCGUUUUGUGUUGUAGUACGUGCUUGAGUGACACACACAGAGAGACGGGGACAACAUAGUGGGUCUUAGAAGUGACCGUUUGUGGUGGGUAACCAGAGGUGGAGAUACUUACUUUGUCGCACUGCUCAUCGGAACUCAUUACAAAACGUGAUUCAGAUUUGCAUUCAAUUCCAUAGAGAUUAUAGAGUCACUUUUUUGAUUGUUUUGCGUUUUAUUAUACUUUUCUGGUAGUUAUUUUGUAGUUUUAUUAGUUACAUUUAAUUCAUGAACAAAUUAUCAGUAUUAGAUUUUUUAUUUUAUUGAUUUGAAAUCUUUUUCAAUAUUUCAGUUACAUGUAGAACUAACAAUUAUGAUUGUCUCUUUUGUUUACAUUUCUUAGAUUGUAUUUUUGAAAAGACUGGCUAAAAAUGUAUUUUAUAAUAAGCGUCUGAUUUUCAGCAUUAUUUUUUGCUUAGUGAUUCUUAAAUGUAAGGUGUUUCUGUUUAGAGCUGCUGUGUUGUGUGUUUGGGGCUCCUGGCUUAAGGCCAGAGAGAGUGGACUGGGUGGGGCAGACAGAGGUUGCUGGAGAGUCUGUCUAUGAUAUCCUUUACAUCAAACUGCAAGAGGAACAUUCUCUCCCUCUAUUGGAUCCAGAACCUAACGGAGUCUCCUCUUAGGCUAAACCCAUAAAGCCACAGUCUGUAGCCAUCUUGCACUAGCCUGAGAACAGUGCCAUCUUUGUCUGUUUUUUUUCUUCUGAACUUACUCAAAUGUACGCUGCUAUAAUAGGCUGCAGGACAGCUUCCCCCAGGUCUGUUCCUAGCCCGGCCCACUCUCUGACUAGCAACGCGGCAGAGCCAGCCGGACUCGCGGCUCCGGCUGAAUGGUUUCUUUCAGUAUUAUUGAGAUACUCAAUUUUGUUCGCUUUAGAGUCAGUAUGCUUGUCAUGUUGAUUAAUAGGAAGGUCAGAAUAGCUGCUACGCUGAGUGAGAGCAUCUCUAUCCCCCGGAGGAUAGAGAUGGAGGAUGUUUAUCAAAUAGCUGUGUAUGAGCCACACUAAGCCUACGACAGGUUGUCAGUGAUGGUAUAAAUAAAUGGCUUUGGAUAUAUUACAAUGUCGUCACGAACUACUGUUUCUAAACUGAUCAUAUCAAUCUAAGUCUCUCUACCCCUUUUUGGCACUCUAUGGCAGGUACAGAUCUAGUACAGGGAAGGUAAGGGGGAAAUCUGAACCAGGCUCAAGAUUGGCUGUUUAACAUAUACUGUCUAUGACAUGGGUUUUCUGAAUGGGCUGAUAUGGUGUAUUGUCCUCAAGUCUGACUUAAGUCUGAGUUUUGUUUUAAGUUGUGGUGGAGCAUCUUGGUGGUUCGAUUCCAAAUACCCAGCCUUAGGAUCAAGCACCCUGGGGCCUUGGCAGAUGGCUGUGAAAUACUAAAUAAAAAAUAAUAUACAAAAUAUGACUUUGCAGAAUGCACUAAACCUGAAAUAAUACUAUUGAUACAGUUGGUACUGUACUGAAUGUUGCUGGACAAAACCCCGCGAAGAAAACAGAAUUGUACGCAAAUAUCUAAGAGAUAUAUCAGUGGAGGAAAGCCUAAGGAAGAGACAGACUACUGUAUUCAGAUUUAAUUUCUAGAACAAUGAUUGUAACUCAAAACAGAUAGUACAGUUUAUUCAUAAUGCAGUGGCUGUUGUUUCAUUUGCGGUUCUGUCCCAAGAGGAGAAAACUGUCAUUUAUGACAACACAAAGACUCGGUGUCCCAUACAAACAGAAACAUACUUACAAUAACACAGAAACUAACUGCAGCUGAAACUUUCCUGAAUAUGACUUGAAAACACAUUGGAGACAGAAGAAAAUAACGAAUGAGUCAAAUGAAAGAUACAUGUACAUGUAUGUACUGUACACAACUAUGUAUAUACACCUUAAAACAAAAUCUAAAUAGAUAUGUUAUGAAACGUAUGAUCCUACUUGUUAUUUUAGCAGAUUUUAAUCAAGUGUAUGAUCAAAACUUCCCAAGCCUUGAACAAAGAAACAUAGCCAAUGCUAACUAGGUAGCUACAGAUGAAAAAUAAACGUCUUUCAGUUUCAUUUCCAUUCUCCCAACUUUCUCAUCAUAAAAAGAUUUGAACUCUUUUGAACAUGUAUCAUUGUCCCAUCUUAUCUCUCUGCAUGUGAACUAUUUGGUUAUAAUCCUGAAUGUAAUUGUUUAUUAACAUGAAAAUGAAAACAGGAAAUGCUCUUUUAAAAUGGUAUAUUUGAAACAGCUGAUUGUUUAACUGGUACUGGGAUGGCAUAUAUUAUUACCGUGCUGUGCUUGACUGUUUUACCCUAAGAUGUUGUUAUAAUAAAAAAUGUUGUAGUUCUUCGGUCUUUGUCGCUGUAUUAAUCUUAGUUCUGUUACUAUCUUCAAUGCAAUUGUAGAAAAUUGUCUCUCUCUCUCGCUCGCUCUUUAAAUCUAAAAUGCAAAACUACAACUAGGCCUACCGCAGAUUAAUUGUAAAAGGGAAACAGCCUGGUGAUCACCAAUAAAAAUGCAUUUAUUGAAAUCAGA